CCGUCGCGUCUCGCGUCUUCCCCAAUAGAAAAGCCGCACCAAAAAUAAUCGCGAAAAGAGAUAACGAGAGAGAGAGAGAGAGAGAGAGAGAGAGAGAGAGAGAGAAGGUGAAAGAAAAAAAAAUCCCCGUCCACCGCCCGAGGCCGCGCACCACCGACUUCCCCGGCCGGAGCAGGCGCGAGCGCUGGGAUUCAGUGAGACGAGCCGGGAGGGAGCGGGCGAGCGAGGCGCCAGAUCGAGCGGGGACGAUGAUGACGGACCCGACGGAGCCGGAGGCGGGGCCAGAGCAGGCGGCGCCAGGGCCGGGGGAGGCUCCGGUGGCAGCUCCGGUGAAAAAGAAGAGGAACCUCCCCGGGACGCCUGAUCCGGACGCCGAGGUGAUCGCGCUGUCGCCGGGGACGCUGCUGGCGACGAACCGCUUCGUGUGCGAGGUGUGCGGGAAGGGGUUCCAGCGGGACCAGAACCUGCAGCUGCACCGCCGCGGGCACAACCUGCCGUGGCGGCUGCGGCAGCGCGGGCCCGGGGCGGCGCCGCCGCGCCGGAGGGUGUACGUGUGCCCGGAGCCCGGCUGCGUGCACCACUCCCCUGCGCGCGCGCUCGGGGACCUCACCGGGAUCAAGAAGCAUUUCUGCCGCAAGCACGGCGAGAAGCACUGGGCGUGCCCGCGCUGCGGCAAGCGCUACGCCGUCCAUGCCGACCUCAAGGCGCACGCCAAGACCUGCGGGACCCGUGAGUACCGAUGCGACUGCGGCACGCUCUUCACAAGAAGGGACAGCUUCGUGACGCACCGGGCCUUCUGUGGCGCCCUCGUGGAGGAGACAGGCAGGGUGCUGGCACCGCCGGCUCCGCCAUCGCGUCGGCCGCCUGAUUUGGAAGCUGAGGAGAAUGUGGAGAAGGAUAAGGAGAAGGGGGAGGAGGACGAGAAUGAGAAUUCUGCUGUGGCUGAGGUGGAGCAGCCUCAGCGUGUGGAGUCGGUGACAGAGGAACCACAGUGCAUUCCACCACCACCUUCAUUGCCACAGGAGCCACAGGGCCCUCUGUCUCCACCUCCAUUGCCACAGGAGCCGCAGCGCCGUCUGUCUCCACCUCCAUUGCCACAGGAGCCUAAGCGCCGUCUGUCUCCACCUCCAUUGCCACAGCAGCGGCAGCGACUUCCGAAACAGCCUCCAUUUCCACAGGCACAACAACCAGUUGUGGCAUUGGUGCCAAAUGCGGAUGAGCCAGAGGUGGUUGCUGAGCCAACUGUGACUACCAAGGUAGAGGAAGCUGAUCAAGAUGAAGAUGCCUGCUUUCAGGAAGCUGAUCAAUACAAGGAUACUGAGCUCGUGGGCUCCAAUUUGCUGGACAAAGACACUCCAAUGCUUCCAUGCUUCCUCCCCUCGCCUUCUGAGGCCAUUGGUACCGAUGGCAGCAGCACCAGCUGUGGCGCAGGAGGCAAUGUUUCCAAUUCCAUUGCGCCAUCUACAACAACCAACACUUUUGCUGGUCUGUUUGCAUCAGCCACAACAAGUACCACUUCACAGAGUAGAUCACUGCGUGAUCUUAUCGGUGUUGAUCCCACCUUCCUUUGCCUUGCGAUUGGUGCGCCCUCCUCUCUGUUCCCACAGACAAAUGCAAGCAACCCUUGCACCUUCGCUCCACCUCCAGCACCCCACAUGUCUGCUACCGCGCUCCUGCAGAAGGCAGCUGAGGUUGGAGCUUCGCAAUCAAGCUCAUCAUUCCUGAAGGAGUUUGGGCUUGCCUCUUCCUCCUCGUCAUCAUCUCCAUCAAAGCAGCUACCUCGAGGAAGAUUCACUGAUAACAGUACGCAACAUUGGCACCGCCGGAGUAAUCAGCAAAUGGAGAUGGAGCGCCACCGGAGCAAUCAGCAAAUGGAGAUGGAGCGCCACCAGAGCAAUCAGCAAAUGGAGAUGGAGCGCCACCGGGGUAAUCAGCAAAUGGAGAUGGAGUCCAUGUCAAUGCUAUCUAACAGUCUAGGCCUUGGCCUUGCAUGCGAAAGUAGAAAUUCAGGGUUGCCCGACUUGAUGAUGGGACCAUCGCCACUGUUUGGUCCCAAGCCUGCUACUCUGGACUUCCUUGGGCUUGGCACUGGAGGGACCAUGGGUGGCUCCAUGACCAACGGUGGCUUCCCGGCAUUGAUGAUUGGGGGAGAGCUGGACAUGGGGUCUUCUGCACAGGUGCCCGCUCCAUGGGAGGACGCCAAGAGAAAGACCAACGGCCGCACGAUCCUGUGAGGUUUUCUUUUUUGUAACCUUAGGGGUUUUGUGCUUCGGUUCACUCAUUCUUUCAGCAGCUGUGUUGGUAGAGCUAGAACUCUGUAACAUGCAGACUUGUAUAUAGAUCGAUGCUUCUUCCAAUCCUGCCUUUUUUCUGAAA